UAUGACGUCACAGCCUGCGGGGUCCAUAUAAACGGUGGCGGCCCGCGCCUGACCAGACAGAAGCAACAGGAAGUUUCAACGAGCAACUGGUGUUGUACUCCUACACUUUUAUUUCCAUUUUUGGGAUAUAACAAUAUUCUCGCUUGGAGAGAACAAAGGACCUCAGACACACGACAAGAGACGAAGAUGAAAUACGUAAUCGGAAUUGGCGGUGUCACUAAUGGUGGCAAGACCACCUUGGCAGAGAAGUUGGCCAAGACUUUGCACAACUGCUGUGUGGUGCACCAGGAUGACUUCUACAAGAAACCCGAUCAGAUAGAAGUCGGGGACGACGGCUUUAAACAAUGGGAUGUGAUCACAUCUUUGGAUAUGGAGGCCAUGACCAGCACCGUCAAAGGCUGGAUGGAAAACCCAGUGAAGUUCGCUCAUUCCCACGGCGUCACGUUGUCUUCUUCCUCUGAUGUGGCCGACCCAGACGAGCAGACCCACAUCCUCAUUGUGGAGGGCUUCCUGCUCUAUAACUACACACCGCUGCUGGAGGUGUUUGACAAGUGCUAUUACAUCAGCAUCCCCUAUGAAGAGUGCAAGAGGAGGAGGAGCACGAGACAAUACACCGUCCCCGACCCCCCCGGCAUGUUUGACGGCCACGUCUGGCCAAUGUACCUCAAGCACCGCGGUGAGAUGGAGGACAGCGGCCUGCACAUUGAGUACCUGGAUGGAUUAAAAUCUAAAGAAGACAUCCACAACCGCGUUCAUGAAGACAUUCAGAACAAGCUUCUUAAUCGCUUAUAGCAUGAAGAUGCACUCCUCUGCAUGCAUGUAAAUACUUCCAGCCAUUCUUUUUUUAUAUGGCAUUUUUUAAUAAUAUUUUUUUGUAAAUAGAGUGAAUCAAUUUUAACUUAUUCAGUUUUUGUUCCAGCUUCAUUACUUUAUACACCCUGAAAUAUUUACAGCUGGCUUUCUUCCAACAAUAAAGACAUGUAUUUAUGUUUGAAAGCAA